UAUUGCCAGCGCGCUCAUCUCCUAUACGAACGUUCCCAUAUACAUUUGACACUGAAGUGACUUCCAUUCGUACGAUAUAUUGAGCACAACUUAUAUCCACGAAUUCAAGGAGCUCCCUGGGCCCCACGGAGCUAGGGCCACACCAUAUUCAACAGGCACAACGAGCCAGCCCAAGCAAAUCAAACACCCAAAAUCAUGGAGACAUCGCCAUUAUUACCCCGAAUUACCAUUCAAUUCUGUACACAAUGUAAAUGGAUGCUAAGAGCAGCCUAUGUAAGUGAAGAUCUCUCUUAUCGAAACCAUCCGCACCCCUCUUCUCAGCCAAUCUUUAUGCCUUCCCUCCAACAAGGUGAUGUUUCAACUGAAGCAAAGUAUUGCGCCUCUCCUCCCCGCAGUCUUAUGCCUGCACCGUCAAGCAAACAGGACAGCUGGAGGUGCGACAGGACGUUUUCAAACACACGUGAUGAUAUUUAUAUCCCCUUCCUGGUACAUGUUGUGUGCAAUGGCAUCUAUUUAAAAGCUUGCUAACGCUUUGGUCCAGUUCGCUCAAGAACUCCUCUCCACCUUUGGAACGUCUCUAGGCGAAGUUGCGCUGCAACCGUCCACGGGGGGCACAUUUAUUGUUCAUUUGUAUCACGGUGCUCCGGCCAGUAAUGGUGAACUAUCCGUUACGGUCCAGAAAACUCUGCUUUGGGAUAGGAAGGCCGAAGGGGGAUUCCCAGGUACGUUUGUCGUCAAGAUAUCGUACCAUUGCACUCACUUCACUGAGGAUUUUGCUUGCUACCAUCGUUUAUAUUCCUUUUUCGUUGUAUUUACUGUCCAGUGGGCACAUAGCAACCCGAGUGGGUGCUUGAAAGCUAGGUAUAUAUUCAAGUCUAGGCCUGGUGCCUUCUGCAGGAUGUUUAACACGUUUGCAUUUCUCAUUUGCCCGUCUGAUGAAGUCAUGAUCGCUAUCGUUGAAAUCAGCAUAGGGACGUUGUUUCUUCUGGAUUUUGCUGAACUAUAAUCCUCCGGUAAGCAUUCCUGUUGAGUUGAAAUAUUGAAGGCUGUUUCCAAAAUUUUCAAUUUCGGAUUUUUCGCGUCUGGUGUCUUUCUGUUAAACUUUGGUCUGUUCUUAUUGGGUGUGUUUUGUCGAAUUUAUAUUGGCUGAAGCUGUAUUUCCCUUCCUCUUGUCCUCCUUCUCCUACUUGCAUUUGUACAGUAUCGUUUAGGCCUCUAGGUCUCGUUCCAAUAUGAGCUUUUGUUUCAGGACCCCAGAGUAACAGUAAAGAGUGUCUCCUUACUAUCUUUGCUUUGAAUUACGUCAUCCAGUCAUUUUUCGAUCUCACCUCAAGCGUAAGAUCCACAAGACUUUUCCAGGAGAUGGGUUUAGCUAAUUUGAGUCAUGAUAUAGAAACGAAAGAACUGAAGAAACGUGUCAGAGAUGUAAUCGAUCCUUCCCGCAAUCUAGGCCAUGUUGAUGGACACAAAAGUAAGUCCCAUCUCAUUUUGAUCCCAAAGGUCCCGUGAACUAUCCAUAGCCACAUCAGAGUCGGAUAUGGUGCAAAACCCGCAACAACCCUAUCUUUUGGUGGUCCAAAUACUGACUGGUCUUGUUCUCAGAAUCAACCACUCCUCAGCCCACAAAACAAGAUUCUCCAUUCCCCACGCCUCAACCACUUCCAAGUCCGUUAAGUCCCCUAGCACCCAAUGACCAACUCCAAUCUACCAAUCCGCUGGAUGCUCUACCUAGUCAAGCAAGCGAGAAUUCUGUUCCCCAAAUAGAAGGCCUGGAUUUAAACCGUAAUGAAGGUUUAUCCACUAAAGUCGUCGAGGACGUGAAGCCUGACAAUGCUGGGAAAGCAAAGGAAGGCGAGAGGGAGAAGGAAUGCGAAGAUUGUAUGUAAAUUUAUGCGUAUGAGGCAACAAGCAAUAAGGGUUGGCAUAAGAAUCAAGUAGGGAUUAGUCUCUGGUUGAUAUCACUAGAUUAUAAGUAGUUUGGCC